CAAUGGCUGCCAUGUAGUACCCUCCCUGCACAAUUAGCCAAUCAGCAGCGCGCUCUGCCAACCAGGAGGACGCAUAAAAGAAGAACAUUGCAGCAGAGGCACAGAAGGAGACUGCGAGAGGAGCAGGGAAUUACACAUAAAAACAGCAGAACCAGAACACCCUCCCCUGGACACACCCUGCUGAGGAUCACUGCUUCUCUUUUUUUCUGAACCAUCGCCCACGCCACUCGGAGAGAACGCUCUCCCUCAUCAUCAUCAAGUAGAAAACCCCUUUCUCUUCAUUUUCAUCCUAUAGAGGACACCUACAAUCUCAGAGGGCUGAGAUUCCCUGGCGAAGAUUGUAUUUUUUUCCUUUUUUUCUUUUUUUUUCUUUUCAUUUGGACUCCUGGCAGAACAUAAGGGCCAUAUAAUAAACAGGCCGAAGAAGAUAUAGAGACUCAGCAUCCAGCUUCAAGACCAGUGGAAAGAAGGACCUAGAAUUCUUUCAUUGUACGUCAAGAAUGGUUACUCAGAUAAUCAGCACCAUGGAAACCCAGGUGUCCAACGGUCCAAGCGGAACCAGUCUGCCCAACGGCCCAGUCAUUAGCACCAAUGGCUCCACAGACGACAGCAAAACCAACCUGAUCGUCAACUAUCUGCCUCAGAACAUGACCCAGGAAGAGUUCAAAAGUUUGUUUGGUAGCAUUGGAGAGAUCGAGUCCUGCAAGCUAGUCAGAGACAAGAUAACAGGUCAGAGUUUGGGAUAUGGCUUUGUAAACUAUGUGGAUCCAAAUGAUGCAGAUAAGGCCAUCAACACACUCAAUGGUCUCAAACUGCAGACUAAAACAAUCAAGGUAUCAUAUGCCCGGCCAAGCUCGGCUUCUAUCCGUGAUGCCAACCUUUACGUAAGUGGACUCCCUAAAACCAUGAGUCAGAAGGACAUGGAGCAGCUGUUCUCCCAAUACGGUCGCAUCAUCACGUCCCGUAUCCUAGUGGACCAAGUCACAGGCAUAUCACGAGGAGUGGGCUUCAUCCGGUUUGAUAAGCGAAAUGAAGCGGAGGAGGCCAUCAAAGGUCUGAACGGACAGAAGCCUUUGGGUGCUGCCGAGCCCAUCACUGUCAAGUUCGCCAACAACCCCAGCCAGAAGACAGGCCAGGCCUUACUGACUCAGCUGUACCAGACUGCUGCCCGGCGCUACACGGGGCCGCUGCACCACCAGACUCAGCGUUUCAGCAUGAUCCCUUCACUUGGAAAGGGACCAGAUCCAAAUAACAGCUCAAAACCAAUACUCGACAAUUUACUAAACGCCAGCUACGGAGUCAAGAGCUCUCCUACUCUCUUCCCCAGAUUCUCCCCCAUCACCAUUGACAGCAUGACCAGCCUGGCGGGGGUCAACCUUACUGGUCCAACUGGAGCCGGCUGGUGCAUCUUUGUGUACAACCUGUCCCCAGAGGCGGACGAGAGCGUCCUGUGGCAGCUCUUCGGGCCUUUCGGUGCCGUCACCAACGUCAAGGUCAUUCGUGACUUCACCACCAACAAAUGUAAGGGCUUUGGCUUUGUCACCAUGACCAACUACGAUGAAGCUGCCAUGGCUAUCGCUAGUCUUAACGGCUACCGCCUCGGCGACCGCGUGCUGCAGGUCUCCUUCAAGACCAGCAAGCAGCACAAGGCCUGAGAGAGAGGCGGCUGGCACCAGCUCCUUCAACCUGCAGGGAGCAACCUGAGCUCCCUGUGACAUCACUCUACAUGGGCCUGGACUGAGUCUCUCUCUGACACAUUCUCACACAGAUCCAUAAUAUAUUAUCACAAACACAGACAUGCAGAUACAGGCAUACACGCACAGACAUAACCAAACAUAUCCAUACGCGCAAGCAUACACAAGUCAGAGUAUCAAACAAACACUAGUGGAGUUUUUCUUUUCUCUUUACACAACAUGCUAGUCCUUCCCUAUAUUUGCCUGGAUUGAAUUAGAAGGGGUACGUAGCUGGUUUGUUGGGUAGGGGCAAGAACUAUCUAUUUAGGAGACAGUCUAACGAAUGUGACAGAGAAUGUGUACUGAGUGCUUUGAUUGAAUUCAGGCAAAUAAUGACAACUGAUGAACAAAACGAUCAAAAAUUUAAAUGAACAAAUAUGUGCAAUUUACCCAAUCUCUUACCCCGCCAUCUCUCCUAUUAUCUUGCUGGAGAGGAUGUAGUCACUUUUUUUACACUUGGGCAUUUUGAAUCAGCGAUUUUUUUAGAUCAAAGAAAAUGAAAUUAAAAAACAGUGUUCUCUUAUAUACGUCUAUUAAAAUAUAACUAUAUAUUCAAUAUUUAAGGUGGUUAUAAUAGCCGAGUAUGUAAGCAUUUUCUAGAAACUUUGACUACUGUUUCCUGACCUGCAUUAGGUGGUGCCUAGCAUAAAGGCAGUUACUCUACCCUAUGUGAGCUUGUUUGCUCAGACCCAAUAAGAUUUAGGCUAACCAAUGAAUACUGGUCACAGAAAAGAGUAGCCAUCAGAAUCCCUCUUUCCCUCACAGCCUCACAGCGGACAACAUUAACAGUACACUUCUGUAUCACAGAAACACAGUUCGAUAACUUAGAAGAUAUAUUUAGUCCACAAAAGUUCCUGUAUUUAUUCAAACUCUAUCCUUAGGAUGAGAUUCAACACAAGCAGACUGUCUGUGAACUCAGUGCAGAGUGGCAGCGCUCCCACGGUGACCGUGUUCAUUAGUAAUUCUCUGGUGGGCGAGAGCGACGAGUACGAGGGGAAAACCGUUUCACCAGAAACACAGCCACGUCAAAAGGAGAAUACCGGUGUUUUUUCCCUUUUUGCAUCAUUUCUUUGAUCACACCUGUCUUUGACAUGAUCCACACUUUGCACGGCUCCGUCAGCCGUGACUCGGUGAGACAUCCCUUUAACUGAAAGGCCGUCUGGUGUCAAACGAAAAGCAAACAAUACGUCAAAAAAUGAUAUUGUUCUCGCUUAUGUGCUUCGAUGAUGAACGUUACAGUACACAAGACAGUCUUCAGAUUAAUUAAGACGAACGGAAGCGGGGAAGUUAAUAGUUUGAAUGGAUUUACGACCCGAGUAGCUGCUAAAAGUAACACACACACACACACACACACACACACACCAUGGAGUGAGUGGUCUCGGCUGGUCUGCAGAGAAAUAACACAGAUGAGCAAAAACUCAAGAGCACCGGUAUUAUUCUUCAGUCUAGUGCACAGAUAGAAGCCCCCCCCCCCCCCCCUGAAUAAAUUAGGUCAAAUUCUUACCAUUCAGUUGAACACAUCUACAGCAUGAACAUGCAUAGAGCAGAUUAGGACGACUGCGGUUCCAAAUGACUGAAUAUUCAAAAACUGACUUAGAGUCACGAGUGUGAGCGCUGAUAUCUGGCAAUGUUAAAUGUAUCACUGAUCCUUUGAGGAGAAAGAUUUCCAGUUCCUUCAGCUUUGCCAAAUGCUCCUCACUUUCAUUUAAAACCCCUCGAUUCUCUUAAAAGCUUCCCGGAAACUUUGAACUCCUGCCCUCUCAAAAGAUGACUGUACAACAUCAAGCCUGCAAAUAAGUGUCAUAAUUAUACAUCUGUUUACAACAGAAAGGUAUUUCUUUAUUUGCUUCAGGUCUGUUUGGCACCACCACAAAAAUAGCAUUUCUCAAAAUACCCCCCAACCCAAUUGCAUGAAAAAUUAUUUAUGGCACCCUUGAUGAAACAUUAAGGCCAACCUGUCGAGAUGAAAUGUCUGUUACAGACCAGACUUCUGAUUUACCAUGGGGAGAGCUAAUGUCUUUUAAUAUCGAGACAUCUGCACAUGAUAAUAGAUUAAAUAAGGUCAACUAUAUUCAAGACAUUUUUGCUUUUGCUUUUCUAAAUGACGCUGUGUUAGCCAAAGAGGACGAUCUCUUUGAAAGGAUUACAUUAGAGAUAAAUCUAUUUUUAUACAUACAAAGGAACAAGACCUUGUGCUGAAUUUUUACAGAUUCUUAAGCUUGGAAAAAUUGGGACAUCGCAUGGCUUUAUUUUAAACCUUCUGAUCUUUGCAGAGCAAGGGGGAAUAAGCAUGCGGUGUAUGGGUGGGGAUUUAGGGAGGGGGCGAAGGAACAUUGUAUCUCAUACAAACUUAACCUUUCAAGCAUAUCACAACAAUUGAAACUUACUAACAAAAACAAAUUAGAUGUAAGAAAAAAGGAGUCAAAUUAAGCAUACCUUUGAGUGCUCAUACACACUCUCAUCUCUUGUCCUGAAGUUGUGUACAGUGUUGCUUCAAUGAUGGUGCAGUGAGGUGAAGUUCUUUGAAUCCCAGACAAAGCUGCAGUGAGACCGGUUCAUUGCCCAGCGGGAAGGAAAACCGAAUAGCUGCUUGCAAAUAAAAAGGUACAAACGCAGAUUCAAACAGUGAUGCAGAUUCAUACUGAACACUGAGCAUGAUUCUUUAUGAUUAGAUAGGUUUGAUUUUUGCCAAAGAAUUGCUUUGCAAGUCAGUACCAAGAAGGAUAAAUUAAGACUAACUAUAUUAUUCCCUGAGUAAUUGCUGUACAAAUCUAUGCUAUUUAUUGAAUAAGGACCCUCUACAACUUCAGUUAUCAUUACUUUUAAAUACUUAAGUUGCACAUAUCAGUUUGCAUUGUAAAUCCUAUAACCACUUAACCAAAUGCUAAAGUGAAACAGUUGCAAGCGAUCGCAUUUGCACAAAAUGUUAUGCACACAUCAGAUGAUAAAGAAAAAAAAGGCGUAUCAAAAGUAAAUUACGAUGAAUCAGUUCACCUCUCGACAAAGUACGAAUUUGAUGCAUUCUUCUAAUAUCCCCCCCCCCCCCCCCCCACCCCCAACAUUUGUAUCAUCUGCUUUGUCUUGUGACCAAUUGAAUCCUUUAAAAAGCGUUGACAUUGCACCACUUACUCUGGCAUCUUUCGAUCCGUUUCAUCCCCCGAAAUACUCAAAGUGAUUGUUGCUGGCGUUUCCAGAGAUGACCGCAGAAAGGACUAAUCUAGCAAUGUUUGGGUCGAGCAAUUUGCGAGACAUCGCAGCGUAGGACUGAGCCCUUGGUCAGACCAGUGAUAGACGUUUACGAACAACCGAGAUAACAGGCCAACGCUGAACUGCAGCUGGAGCCGUUUGCCCAGCAAGUGUCCGAUGUAGUACAGUCAACCCCACAAACCAAAACCCACAGCCCAAAAAAACAACCUUUCAUACACAGUCUAUACAAAGACCUACACCCGAUGUACAGUAGAGAUCCAAGGACCAUGGCAGGAAACAGUACUACACUGCUUGAGCAACAACAAUAAUCAUUUAAAAAGACAAAAAAACUUUCCUAUGGAACAGUAAGUGCAAUGUGCUUUGUUUUUAUAUUGACUGAGAACAAAUGAUAUAUAUUUUUAAAAAAAGAAAUUAAACGUCACACUGAAAAGGUUUGUGGAAUAGUAAAAGGAGCAACAGUUCAGACAAAAACAUUAAGAUGAGCAGACUCGUUUAGAAAAAUCAAACAAUGUGAGGUCUGAUCUAAUAAGAAUCACUUCCUUAGCCCCUAAUUUGUGCUCUGACCAUGCAAGCUCAAAGAAACUGCAUAUCUGGCUGACUCAAUAGAGCAAUUCUCAAUGACCUUGAAAGGAAUACUGUCUAAUAUAUCAUCAGUUUUAGCCCAUGUCAAUUUCAGAUAUCAUUUUUUUUCCUGUAAUUUAUUGAUUUCAUUUACAUAUCAAGACUCACUUGUUAAAUUAGCGUAUUUGUGUUGUUGAUGUUGCCAUAGAGAACACACAUGGGUCAAAGAUUAUGUUUGGUUGCAUUGAUUGGGUACAGUUUGUUAUUUUUCUUCCAUUAUUUAAUUAGUUGCAGUUUUUACAGUGUAUGCAGAUUUUAGACUUAGUUAGAUUUUUUUAUUUCAAUCAAACUGUGUUCAAUUGUGUUUGUAAAAGUCUGUGGUAGCUUUUGUUGCAACAUAAAAUAAUUUAAACAGAAAAAAUUCAAAAUAGCGCCAACAAACUUGUAUUAUUUGGGCGACUUUAAGCUUGUAGUUUUAACUUAUUGUUAACUUAAAAACUAUUUAUUAUGAUUAUUAUUAUUGCCUCGUAUAAAGUAUGUUUUGUGUAUAUUUAUGGUUUAUUUCAUUAUAUUUGCAAGUUUAAAAGAUUUAAAGUUUGCCAAAAUUGUGGUUACACCAUUUUGUUUCUUAAAAAGGGGGACAAAUAGAAAAACAGCUUUAGAAGUACGAUCUGGAAACGUUCUCCAUAGUCAAAGAAUGCACUGCUAUAUUUAACUAAUUGAAGUGUAUAAACAUACAUGCUGUGUGCUAGAUGUUAUGCCUUUACUGCCUGUGUUCUGUUUGUCUUGUUAAAUGAAAAUCUUUUAAUUAUUUAAUCUAAUCACAGUCUUGUUUUUUCAACCACUCUGUGAACCCCUGAGACAUGGGACAGCCCCUGCAGCGAGGCUUCGGCCCAUUUGAGGGUCCAGCAAUUAGCCAGGAACAAAAGGGGGAGGGGGGGGGGGGGAUGUCCUAGGUGUGAUAUGCUCACAAGAUGCUUUCCUGUUUAUGCUGAUGGGUUGACGUACAAAAAAAAAAAAAAAGAUAUUAAGGGUUCCAUUUCUGUAAAAGCAUUGUAAUACUGAGAUCAUCUGUACAAAUUGAAACUAAGAUGUUCUUUAGCCCCAAGAUGCGUUUUGGAAACCCAGCCCGGAGCUUUCGGCAAAGAUAUUACAGAGCUCAGAGGAGCAGCAGGAAGGUUUUCUUGGGUGUCUCUGGGGUAGAAAAGGGGUGAGUGGUCCUUCUGUUUCUCAACCAACUGUAUUUUGUGUCUAUUUAUUUAGAAGAGGGGACGCAGUAACUUAGUGAUGUUUUUCUUACAUUUUCCUGGAAUGGUAGAACAAAUCAAAAAGGUGAAAAUGAUCAAAACAGUUCAAAAUCUCAUUCUUCCAAAACACGACCAAAUGAACAAUGUCAAAAUUUAACAAAGAUAAAAAAAAAAAUAAACCUUUCAGUUUAGUCUAGGAUAUUUAUUACUGGGAUUUCAGCUGAAGACGCUUGAAGACUUUU